AUGCUGAUCAAGGAGAGCUAUGCCGAUGUGCAGACUGCCGCCAAUGGCAAGGAAAGCACGAUGAGGAUCUUCUUGUUCCAUCCUACGAUCCCUGGCUAUCCCAAUGCUCGCUUCCCCGGAGUAGUGGUCUUCAGCGAGAUCUACCAGGUCACUGGCCCUGUCGCCCGCUUCGCGAGACAGAUUGCUGGUCAGGGCUACAUCGUUGCCGCCCCCAGCAGCUACCAUGACUUCACCGGCCCAGAGCCGCUGGCGUACGACGUGCCGGGAACCGACCAGGGAAACGAGUGGAAGAUAACCAAGGCCUUGGAGUCAUACGACGAGGACUCGCACAAAACAGUCGACUACCUCCUCUCGCUGCCCACCUGCACCGGCCGCAUUGGCGCAACUGGCAUGUGCCUAGGCGGGCACCUCGCCCUGCGGGCAGCCCUCGACCCCCGAAUAACAGCCUCCGUCUGCUACUUCCCAACCGACAUCCACACCCGCACCCUCGGCCCCUACACCUCCCCCAACACCUCCCCAUCCGCCCCCUCCUCCUCGAGCAACCACACCCUCGACCUCCUCCCCCGCCUCUCCUCCCACCGCUCCCACCCCUGCGAAGUCAGUCUCAUCUUCGGCAUCAAGGACACACACGUGCCCGACGAGGGGCGCGACCUGAUCCGCCUCAAACUGCGCGAGUCCGGCGCGACCUUCAGUUUCCACGAGUUCGCCUGGGCGCAGCACGCCUUCAUCCGCGACGAGCUCAGCAAGGGCCGGUACGACCCUGCCAUCAGCAAGGCCUGUUUCGAGGUGUUGCUGGAGGUAUUUGGACGGGUGUUGAGGACUGAGCUGGGCGAGAGGGAGGGCGGGGUGCAUGAGGUUGAGCACGUUUGCUAA